CAGCCGCCUCACCCGGUCCGCAGCCUCAGUGCACCUGAGGAGCAGAGAGAAGAGACCCCACCAACAUGAAGCUCAAGACACUGUGCAUGAUCUCGGCCCUGAUAUUCGAGAGCACCGUGGCCGUGGUGGCAGUGCCAGAUGAUGAAUGUAACGAUGAAUUCCCAGCUCGUGAGAACUGUGAGUUUGAUGAGGUUUGCGAGGACGCCUUUUGUAAGCACAACGAGUACGUCACUUGCUACAUGAACCGUUGUGGUACCUGCGAGGCAGUCUUUCGGGGCUACGACAACUUCACCGUCGACUGCAACCAGCUAACUCCCAAAUGCCGUCUGAUGCACCUGGAGAUGCUCAACAAGCGCAGAACAGGGACCAUACUGCCGGGCGGCCGGCUUGAGAUUGAGUAUGACCCCGAAUGUGACGGGAACGGCAUGUUCAAGCCCAAGCAGUGCGACGACGACUCAAACCUGUGCUGGUGCGUGGACAGCGCCGGCGUCCGUGUCACCGAUAAGACGGGAGACGACCCAAAGUGCGACCGGCUCGUGCGAGUUCACCUCAUUGAUAUUUUGUUCACAUUCAAAGUGGAGUUCACCCCUCUUGCCAGAACAAAGGACGCCAUACGCCGUCAGCUGGUUUUUAAGCUGGUGAAGGAAUAUACUCUGGAUACAACGCAGAUCUUGGAGAUCAGUAUACAAGAGCUCUCUCAAGAGGUGUCCAUCAGGCUUACAGAGAACGGCACGAAAGAUCCCGUAGAUGUGGCCACUGUAGCCUACUACAUCGAGAGAGACCUGAAGAACAACAAGUUUGGCUUGGAGGUGGAUGGCCGAAGCUUGGAGGUGGAGAGGGACUCCAUCAAAGUCCUGUUCUUCGACAACGAGCCCCCACGCAUGAACAUGAAGACGAUCUCUCCCGGCUUUGCUGCCAUCAUCAUCGUCAUAGCCCUGGCCAUCCUCACUGGCAUCGCCGUGUUUGUGGUGGUGCGCAGGAGAGCGGAGCAGGAAAAGAAGAGAUUCCAAUUUGAGGUCAUUGAGGGUCAAGGACAGGACGAUUAUCACAUGGCACAGCGAGAGACCAUGGCCUACUUUGUCAUGUGAUGCAGCAGUGAUGUCAUGGAAGUGCUAAUUACUGUUCUGUAAAUGUCAGUGUUCAUAAAAAAUCGGCUUUAGCUCAAGUGAUUCACACAAUAUCAGAAGUAUUGAUAAAAUAUUUGAAAUUCUUAUGAAUACACUAUGAAUUCCUGUUUGACAAGAGUACACCAGUAGAUGGAGCUCUUUGUCUUUUUAAAUUAUUUGUAAAACUUAAAUGAGCAAUGGGUAUGUGUACUAUGUGUAUGAUGUACUUUUCCAAAUGUACUUAAAUGUUAACUAAAUGUUGAAUUAACACAUAACUUUUAUAUUUUGAUUUGAGUCAAUAAAUACAUUUAACUU